CUCGUGUAGGGGCACCUUUCAUUACUCAGCCACAGAUUAUUCUGAGCACCAGUCACCUCCCCUGGUGGCUUCCCCAGCAGAAGGUGUAAAGCCUCCCCGCAGAACCAGGUCUCCGAUGUACAGCGAUGGGAGAAUGGACUAUCUUAGAAAGACUUUUGGAGGCUGCUGUGCAGCAGCACAGUACUAUGAUAGGAAGGAUUCUGCUGACAGUGGUUGUCAUCUUCCGGAUCCUUAUUGUGGCCAUUGUUGGAGAGACUGUUUAUGAUGAUGAGCAAACUAUGUUUGUGUGCAACACUCUUCAGCCAGGAUGCAAUCAGGCAUGUUACGACAGGGCUUUCCCAAUCUCUCAUAUAAGAUACUGGGUAUUCCAAAUUAUUAUGGUCUGUACACCAAGUCUCUGCUUUAUUACUUACUCCGUCCACCAGUCGGCCAAGCAGAAGGAGAGGCGGUACUCUACAGUCUUCUUAACGAUAGACAGAGAGGACACUGUAAAACGAGAGGACAGCAAGAAGAUUAAGAACACCUUGGUUAAUGGUGUCCUGCAAAACACAGAGAACUCCACCAAGGAGGCUGAGCCUGACUGCUUAGAGAUCAAGGAAAUCCCAAACCCAUCCAUUCGAACCACCAAAUCCAAGAUGAGGCGCCAAGAAGGAAUCUCCAGAUAUUAUAUCAUCCAGGUGGUCUUCAGAAAUGCUCUGGAGAUUGGUUUCCUAGUGGGACAAUAUUUCCUGUAUGGCUUUAAUGUCCCAUCCAUGUAUGAAUGUGACAGAUAUCCUUGUAUCAAAGAGGUGGAGUGUUAUGUGUCUAGGCCGACGGAGAAGACAGUAUUUCUGGUUUUUAUGUUUGCGGUUAGCGGCCUAUGCGUUGUGCUCAAUUUGGCAGAGCUGAACCACUUGGGCUGGCGAAAGAUCAAGACGGCAGUCAGGGGAGUACAGGCGAAAAGGAAAUCCAUAUAUGAGAUCAGGAAUAAGGAUUUGCCCAGAAUGGGGGUGCCCAACUUUGGCAGGACUCAGUCCAGUGACUCAGCCUAUGUUUGAGGACAUUUUAAAUACAACAGCUGAGAACUGGGCUUGUGCAGCAUGAUGGGGAGAGGGAGGGGGUCUGAUUAAUGGAAUGCCCUUGGACCUGAUUGCCAUUGCAUUGCAGAAAUGAGCUGGCUGGUAUAGUUAAUAUCAAUCAGCAGUAGCUGCCAGUGAUUUAAUUGGCUAAAAUCUCUGGCUCUAGUAGCUCAUAUCAUGUUUGUGAAUAUAACUUUUUUUAUUAUUGGAUCCUUUUGUACCGCAUUGUGGAAAGUAUUACUUUCCUAAAAAAACUUCCUGUUACGGCCGAGUCACUGUAUAUAGGAAGAGCACAAUAUAUAAGGAGACCAGUGUUUGGUAAUGCCUUUUGAUUCCGGAUCCAGUUGUAAGGAAAUCUGAGGGCUAUCCUAUCUACUUUGUACAGAAUAACAGGUAUAAGCCAUUUAGGGUGUCACCAACUACAGCAACCUUGCUUAUCUCCAUGACACUGAGAAAUACAUUGUACUAUGGCAAAAAAAAAAAUCCAAGAAAACGUGGUCCUUGCAGAAAGUUACAGUCUGGCCCAAUGGGGUUGCUUUAAACAGCCUGCCUGUAAUAAUACAAAAGUAAGGGAUUAUGGGUUGACAAGUAUGUGGUGUGGGACAUACAACCUCAGACCUUAAGGCUUUGCUUUGUCCUCGUGUUCCAUGAACAGAUCAGACCUGAGCACAGAAUGGGCUGAGUAGCUCACGAUCACACUGCAUGUGAUUACCCCAUCAGACCUCAAACAGAAAUAUCCUUUAAUCCCCAAAUGUUAAUGGCAUGUGCACAAGGCUAGAAAUUGCAGAUUCCGUGUCUUUUUUUUUACGUACGUAAUCAGCUUUAUAUUGUUUAAAGGCAAACUGGCAAAGACUGGGGCUGACACAUUCACAAACGUGCAACUGCACUGGCACCCCAAAAAGUGAUUAUUUAUAAAAUGUCCACAUGGAAUACAGUUAAAUAAAGUCUGACGUCUUUCAUUAUAAUAUAUCCAACUGUUGGUGAAUUCCUACUGACGCCAUCUAUGCCCUAUAUUUAUAGAGAAGCUGGCAGAGUUAUUUUUUUCAAUCAGAUUUCCCCUUUCUGAACCAUUUUUCAUCCAGGACUCUCUCUUGUAAAGCUCCUGCCAACACCUCCCAGGCCAAAGGUGAAUGUUUUUCCUGGCUUCAGGGUGAUUGAGAAGAAGAAGCCUCAACCAAAAUACAUUCUUCCCUAGAUCCUCUUGUCGCCUUUUGGUCUGGACCAUAUAUGCACUGUUAAAAAAGUAAAAUAAAAUGUAAUAAAGGGCAUAUUGGAAGAUGUUUAUAAGGUUCCUUAA